CUGAAUUGGUAUUGUUCCAAACGCCGCGUUCGAAUUGCAUCGACUGAGAUUUGUUUGCCGGUCAUUGAUCUAAGCCGAUAAGGGUGCAAUUUAAUUAGUUUGCGUGAAGCCGCGCGUUUUUAGAUUUGCAGAGGGAAACAUCUCCAAACUACCAGCCAUCGCACAAAUCAGUUCGCAAAAAAAAACAGAUACACGGAAAUCGAACGAUCGUUAAAAAAACAAAUAACUGACCACCCCGGCAGCCAAGAGUUCAAAUGGUCCAGUCGUCUUGGAUCAGUGCCCGCGAGAAGUGCUCCGUGCCAAACCCAAAUCAAUGGAUCGCGAUCGUGCGUGAAGAUCACCGUGGUUUCCCAUCGUCAACCAACGCAGCUCAUGAGAUCUGGAAAAUCUCUGAGACACACUGCUCCAGAUGCAAGGACGUGUUAUUUUGGAAGAUUGAUUCAUCAUCGGUUUGAUCUCCGAUUCACUUUUGAUGGUAAUAAGUGUCGGUGGGGUAGGUUUAUGUGCCGUUUGGUAAUGCUGAGCUAAAAAUAAUCGAAUCAGAAAAUUUCAUAUUCAAACCGCAUUGUGAAACAAAAGUGAUUGCUAAUUGGAAAAUCUGGUUCAAGUGCGGGGAGGCGGGUAAAUCGUCAGUUUAAAUUAGUGAAACAAAGCGGGAAAAUUCAAAGUGGAAUUCAUUUGAGUGGGGUUGAACGAAGCGGAUACGAAGGAAAACCCGCUUGCGGUUGGAAAAAUGAUUUGUGAUAUUGCUGCGGCUGGGCGGUUGUCUGGGCGAACGCUGGGCUAUAUUGCCCUGGUCGGAGGCGAAGGCGGAGAAGGUAGCUUUAAAGCAGAACAAGUGGCGGAUAUUUGCUUUUCAAAUUUCUUCGGCCUUGUCGUACAUAUACUGACUUUGGCCGCCACGGUCGGAGUACUUGUUUACACCAGCUGGAACUUCGUGUGCAAGCGUCAUAACCUGCUGGCAUUGCAUAAUUUGCGGUUAACGCUCGUACUGACAUCGAUUCUGGUCGGAGUAUGUGAUGUGGCCCAGCAUAGUGUAAUCAUUCAUCAUCUUGGUCAGCUGAAGGAGGAGUCUCGGAACGGUAGCGGCGAAGGUGCUGUUGUCCAGAAGGCUAAUGAGCGGGCCAACGGUUUGGGAGACUUGGAAGAUAGUCUUCUUGAAACCGGGCGGAACAACGAUGCAAACCAAGCUGGUUUCGAUAAUGGGAUGGCCAUGGAAACGGCCGUAAUGGGCCUAUGUUCUGGAUGUGUAGGACUGGUAUCGAUUCUUGUGGGAGCGGUUUUCGUUCGAGUGAUAGAGCUGAAGGACGAAUGCGGACUAUUAUAUGUCACCAUAACCGUUCAAGGCGUUCAGUCCGUUGUGAAGUGGUGCCAAUUUGAAUACAUAUAUGGUGUCACAAACAACGUGACAGUAUUGUCGGCGUUAUUGGCCAUGGGAUCGUCACUGGUACUGGCAGCACUGACUUUUGUUGAUGGAAUAACCGUGUACCAAGAGCGAACCUCUUCCGCUCGGCGACACAUAUCGUCGAUAAUGUCAAAAGAUACGACGGCCUCGACGGCGACAGCGGGAAGCGGCUACAAGACCACGUCGGUUCCGUUUCUGUCACGGAUCACCUUCUGGUGGAUUACGCCGCUACUUUGGCGGGGCUUUGUGGAGCCGCUUGAACUGGAAAAUCUUGGAAAGCUCCCCGAAGGGGACACCAGCCGGUUCCACUACGACCAGUUUCUCUCCAUUUAUCAGCGCUUCAAGACCUCGACACACGCACUAUGGCGUUGCUACGUGCUCAAUUGCUGGCGAAUGUUCCUGGCGGGUGGCGUGUUUAAGCUGCUGGGCGAUCUUUGCGCUCUGGUGGGACCACUUUGCAUAUCCAAUAUUGUCGAUUACAUCGCAAAACCCGUGACAUCUUCGUCGUCGUCGUCGUCGUCCUCAGCACUGACAAUGACCGGUGGCGGACCGGCAAACGGCGUAAUUCCGGAGGAUGACUCUCCGGUACCGGCGGAGUUUAAUCAUGGGAAUCAAUCACUUUUGACAGAUGGCACCGCCGCGACCGCUGCCAUGCUGGGUGGUUCGGUUCAAUUGGGUCCUCUAACGUGGAGUGAGCUGCUAGCCAAUGGAUGGUUCGUAGCAGUGAUCGUCCUGGUGGCGUCGCUAGCGCAAGGGACUUUUUCUCAAGCUAGCACCCACAUAAUGGAUAUGGAGGGUAUCAAGCUGAAGAAUGCCCUGCAGGGUUUGGUGUACAGAAAAACAUUGCUGCUUAGUACAAGCUGUUUUUACUCCGAAGGUAACCGUGAAUCACGGAAAGUGUCACGUCAGAAAACUGAUGAUGAGAAUGUGGCUUCGAAUAUUAAUAAAGCUGGGAAUGAUGCAUCUACAGAUGACAAAAGCCAUGAAGAGCACACGUCUAACUCUCAUUCUGUGACACCAAAAAUCAAUUCCACCGUGAAUCGCAUCGCUAUCGUAAAUCUAUCCGAUACCGGCGACGUCGAAGCCAAGGACAUCCGCAGCAGUAUCAGGAAUGCUACCGCACCCGGAACAGAUGUUUUUACCGCAAUACCGCCAGCAACACCACCGGAAUUGACGACAUCCAUCGAGCAACGGCAGGAGGAACAACCGGCUACGGAAAAGUCGAAACCAAAGAUAAAACAUGAAAUACCUGAUGCCAUCGAUGAUACCAAUGAUCGGGGGCAACAGUUUGACAACGAUUCUGGUGCAUCGCAUAGUGGCCGUACACGGGUAUCAAGGCUACGUAAAAGUGAUCUUUUCGCAGGUUGCCUCCGCCAGCAAGCGAAAGCCGGUGCAUCGGAAGCUACAAGCCAAAAACUGGAAGAACAAGAGCAGAACGAAAAUCGGAAAAGCUCCACCAACAGGGAUGCCACGGAUAAUCGUCAGGAUCGUGGCAGUGACGACGGUGGCAAUUCCGCUGCAACCGAUGCCGGUACCAUCACAAAUUUAAUGUCCGACGAUGCCUUUAACGUGAUGGCGUUUGUGAAGAUCGCACACUAUGUGUGGGCUAUUCCGCUGAAGAUUGGAAUGGUGAUGUUUCUGUUAUAUCGCUUGUUGGGUGUUAGCACAAUAAUUGGAUCAUUUGUAUGCAUCGUCACGAUGACUCCUCUCCAAUUUAUGAUCGGAAAGUAUAUGUCAGCCAACUCAAAGAAAACCGCGGAAUGUACGGACGAACGGCUCCGACGAAUCAAUGAAGUAUUGCUGGGAAUAAAAUUAAUUAAACUCAGUGCCUGGGAGGGGGUGUUCCGGGAGAAGAUAUUCAAAGCCCGCCGUAAAGAGCUCAAGCAUCUGGACUGGGACUCGUGCUAUUGGACGAUGAUGAUGCUCCUAACGCAUAUAUCGUCGGUGCUGAUAACCUUCGUGACGGUGGCCGUUUUCAUCCACUUGGAGAGCCACGAAAGCACAAUUGCGGAGGAGGGCGCCCGGGACGGAAGGAUCGAAUUUACCGCUGCCCGUUUGUUCGCCUCGUUGGCACUGUUUAAUCAACUGACGGUGCCUCUGUUUAUCUUUCCAAUCACGAUUCCGAUUAUCCUAUCGGCGGGGGUGAGCACUAGGCGUCUAGAGGUGUUCCUUCGCAGACCGGAAGUACGAACGGUGGUUGCGCGGCGAAUCGGUCGUACGACGUCGUUCGAUGGGCUCCGACGAGGGAACGUCACAAAACGUGAUGUGAGCCGGAGGGUAGCAACGUUGGACAAGGCUGCUGUAAUCCGUGACCGGGAGGAUAGCGUUGAUGGAAAGUAUGAUGAAAUGGUGCUGGAAGAGGAUGAGGAGGAUACCAAAUGGGAGCAGGAGGGAGCAAUGCAUUUCGAGUGUUUUGAUUUGCCGGAAUGCGCAACCGUUUCGUCCGAAAACACGCCAAAAGAUGAAACUGCGUGUUCGGAAUCAUCAGAGGGGGAAAGUGAAAUCGAGCAAGAUGAGCAAAUACGGCGGGCCAAAUUUUCCGUUGAAUCCUCUAGCACCGAUGGUACGGCAUCGGGCACUCCUGGCGACAUUUCCACGAAACGAUUGGAGCAAAAUGAUGAUCAUCAGUCCACUAUAAGCGGUGGUGGUAUUGUUGGUUCCGGACUGAACCACAGAGUAAAUCAGCAAACGACCGUUCUUGGAACGCAUAACAGUCAAUUGUCUGGAUGCGCACGUUUGCUGGGAAACCGCCUACGACAGAAACCGCAUCAUAGACAGCUCAUGGCUAAUGAGUCGAUUUACGGAACGGUUAGCACGAACGAUGAUGACGAUGAUGGCAGAGAAGGUGAAACCAAUCAAUGUGCUCAGAUUGUUACCGUCCGGGAUGGUCGCUUUCAGUGGGGUUGUUUCAAUGAAACAAGAGGAAGCUCAAACUCCCAAAACACCGGAAGCAUUCUUCAAAUUUCCCAGCUCACUAUUCCGAGAGGAAAGUUGACCAUCGUUGUGGGCCGCAGCGGCAGUGGUAAAUCAUCGUUACUGGCGGCUUUAUUGAGGGAAAUAAAUCAUCUGUCCGGUGAAGUGAUUUGGAACCAAUAUUCAACAAUUGCCUACGUCCCCCAGCGGCCCUGGCUGCUGAAUGCCAACGUGCGGGAAAACAUCCUGUUCGGAGAACCGUUCCGACCGAAGCGCUACCACCGGGUGCUGAAAGCCUGUGCACUCAAGCCCGAUAUCGAACUGAUGCCGGACGGUGAUAUGAGCGAGAUUGGCGAACGGGGAAUUAAGCUGUCCGGGGGUCAACGCCAGCGGAUCGUGAUUGCCAGGGCACUCUACUCGCCGGCCAGCGUCGUCAUUAUGGACGAUCCACUUUCGUCGCUGGACAACGAGGUCGCCAAGUUUGUGUUUGACCAUGGGAUUCGCCGGAUGCUGACCCGGCAGAAGCGAACGGUUGUGAUGGUGACACAGAUGCUCCAGCUUGUGUACAGCGCUGACCAUAUAAUUGCAAUGGAGGCUUUCGCGGUGGAAGCAACAGGUACGCUAUCGGAAAUCGAAAACAAUUACUCACCAAUUCUGCGGAAGUGGAAUGCAAUUAUCACCAAGGAACAGCAGUCCAAAGAGACGCAAUUAAGCCCAGGAAGAACAGCUCGGGAGAGGUGGAAAUUGUUCAAAAAUGUGUCCCGAUUGGGCUUUCUGAGAAGCCAUGCAACUGAGGAGUUUUAUGAGCCUCCGGACGCACCGUUGCUCUACCGACCGAGCCCGAUGCAGCGGCACAGUUCCAGCAGCUUAUUUGGAUCACGUUUUCACACACACGAUUUGCCACUUCCCAUCGAUGAGUGCUGCCACGGUGAAAAUGUACGGCUGCGGCGUCACUAUUCGAAAAGGUAUCGGAACGCCGCCGGGGAAAGCAGCCGGGUAGUGCGAGGAUUCAGCGACGGAGUUGCAGCGGCGGUGACUGCAGCGGCAGUGACGAUGGAGCGGAAGACCGAAUCGGUGGAACGUGAUGCUUUAGGCAACAGUGUCGUUCGCUCCUGGUCUCUUCAAACAAAACGUGACAUUGGCAGCCCCAGCCAAAUCAUCGAUGGUCGAUUGCUUCCAGCAUGCGGUGCGCCCACCUCGAUGUCACCCACCGAGUUGGACCAUCCCAGUCCACUGGAUUCGGUCACUUCGGCAGCUGCAACCGGCGACAGACCUGGCCACGAAAGGUUCCGUUUCUCCGACACUUGUAGUGAUUUGCACAAAUUUGGCUUUCGACAAUUUCUACGAAGAAUGAGCAUUACCGGCCGCCAUCGUCAAGCUCAGCGGUCGAACUCUGCUGCCAGGGACCGACGAGGGGUUCCAUCCAGCGUCGUCAGUAAGACCAGUUCCUUGAAAAAUCUGGCUGAAGAGGACGAUGCUGACCGGGAUCGAAGCUUGUCGGGAGCCAAAAAACCAUUCCAAGGAAUGCAUAAGCCACUGAAGAGGCUAUUUUCAAACGAAUCACGGUAUAGCGAGGAAACGGAUGAGGAUUCGUGGGAAGAACUCAACAAUGGGGAGCAAAUUUCCAAUCGGCUGAUCUACGACGAGGAGCGCAAAUAUGGCAAAAUUCCAGCUCGGAUGUACUGGCUGUAUCUAAAGUCAUGCGGAAAGGACAUUGUGGCCACGUUCUUCCUCAGUGCACUGGCCCAGCAGGGACUGCGCGUUUAUACCGACUUUUGGCUCCAGAGUUGGACCGAGCGAACCCAGCGGCAAUCACACGACACUAAUGGAGUUGAUCCAGCUGAUAUUGAGUACAACUUCAAAGUGUACGCAGUGCUGUCGGUCAUAUGCAUCCUGUUAUCGGUGGUUUGUUUCCCUGCCGGGCAGAAGGCAGGCAGCAACGCUCGGAAACGAUUGCACCAGCAGCUGAUAGUGGCGGUGCUGAAGAAUCCGAUCCAUUUCUUUCAAACUGUUCCGCUCGGACGCAUCAUGAGCAGACUCAGCAUUGACGUUUCCGUGGUGGACAAGAAAAUCGCUGCAACAAGUCAAAAGCUGCUGCAGUUUGUCCUUUUGUGCCUCUGCGCCGUGCUCAUAAAUAGUGUCGUAACGCCGUAUUUCAUCCUGUUAACAAUACCAAUUUGUGGCAUUUACUACGUCGUGCAGAAGUUCUACCGGUGCACGUCCAGAGAACUCCAACGCCUCGAAAGUCUCACCUACUCGCCAAUCAUAUCGCACUUCUCGGAAACCAUCGAUGGCCUCACGACGAUACGAGCCUACCAGCAGGAGUCUCGAUUCACCGAAACUCUGUUCCAGCGUCUGGAAGCUAACAACGUGGCCCAGGUCAUACUUAACUGCAGUAACCGUUGGUUGGGAAUUGCUCUUGAUUACCUGGGGGCGAUCAUCGUGUUCGUUGCCAUCCUGAGCGCACUGAUAACGACCAGUUUGAGUCCGGAAUCGGCCAGUUCGUCCCUCAUUGGGUUGGCCAUCAGCUAUGCGUUGCUGAUUCCAAUCUAUCUGAACUGGGUCGUCAAACUAGCAGCCGAGAUGGAGAUGUACAUCGGGGCAGUGGAGCGGAUACAGUUCUACAUCGACAGCAGCCAGGAACGAAUCAGGGAACGAAGCAAACUAAAACAUAAACCCGUCUCUAUCUCGUGGCCCCAGAAGGGAGACAUCGUGUUCGAGAACGUUUCACUCCGGUACGAGAGUCAAAAGGAAAAUGUAAUCACAAAUUUGAAUUUGACUAUCCCGGCUGGACAAAGGAUUGGCAUAUGCGGUCGGACGGGCAGCGGUAAAUCCUCGCUGGCGCUGGCACUGUUCGGCGUGCUGGAAAUCGUCGGUGGGCGGAUAUUGAUCGACGACGUCGACAUCGGUACCAUUCACAGCGAUGAAUUACGCUGUCGACUUUCCAUCAUCCCGCAGGAUGCGGUGCUGUUCGGGGGAACGUUGCGAGAGAAUCUGGACCCACGGGGGCACUUUAGCGAUUUGGACCUGUGGAACAGCCUGGAAAUGGCACAACUAAAGGACUUUGUGGUGGCGCUGCCGGAUGCACUGGACACCAGAAUAGGCGAAGAAACGUCCAUUUUAAGUGCUGGCCAGAAGCAAUUGUUCUGUCUGGCACGGUCCGUACUGCGGGGGUCAGUUUGUUUGGUACUGGACGAGGCAACAUCCUCACUCGAUUCAGAGACGGAGAAACUGGUUUUGGAUGCUGCUGGGAAAGCGUUUAAAGGACGAACAGUGAUCACAAUAGCGCAUCGAUUGCAUUCGCUGUUCGAUUACGACCGGGUCAUAGUGCUGGAGCAUGGAGGCAUCAUCGAAGAUGGUUGUCCCCGGACGCUGAGGAGAACAGCAGACUCCAAGUUUGCCAUCAUGCUGAAGGCAUCGUCCACCGAGUAUCGUAAGCCGCAAGAGCAGUCACAACAUCGCCAUCAGAAGCGACAGCACAAUUCAUUCGACGGAAAUGGACAACAGCAGUGGGAUGAGGGAGAAACGAGUGUUUAGCAGGUUUGAUAGAUCGGAUAAUAGUUAAGGGUAUAAAAGUGAGCAUCAUGGAGGGUAUUGAAAUUAUCGACCCACCCUAUAUACAAACAUACGCACGUGAUAUUGCCAUUUUACUCUCUAGUGAGAUCACUGACAAAGUCGUUAUCAACAUUUCGUUGGUUAGCAAAGUUGCAUUUGUAAUUGUGCCUUUAUCGUAUAGGUAUGCUCUCAAAUCCAGAUAAUAUUUAUUUUAUUUCAAAUCUAUCUUUUUCUCCUCGAUAGGGCACUUCUAUAGUAAGAUAACCCAGAACACCCAAAAUAAGAUAGAAACCAAUAUUUGACAAGGGCGUAACAGCCAAAAUUUAUUCUUUCUGAUUAUUUGUCUAUCUUCAUAACUAUGUAUGUAGACCAGGACCCAGAAAGGAUGAAUUUUGGCUCUUACGACCUUUCCACAUGUUGGUCUAGAAAUGUAAUCUGUUGAUGUUUGGGUACAACUAGUUUUGUAUAACAAAUAGUAAUCAAGUAGCCUCUGAAUAGGGCACGGCAUACACGGGUGGCUGUGAUCCUAGGGUAUUAUGACCAAAAUUUGAUUAAAACAUAAUAACAAAGAAAUGCAUUCAAAACGACGAUAGUAAAAAAUGUGAUCAGAUUUGAGGGAUAGACAAAAACAUCAAGAUAGGCAGGGAUAUUUAGAUAGGGUAAAAGACCCAAUAGUGGAGGAACUAAGCACGAUCCAGCACGCUUACAGCACGUCUAUACCUAAUUUCGUUUACCUUAAGUACGUUUUUGAAAGCUCAUCGAUUACAUUUUAAACGAAGGAUAAUCCAAUCUCUGCGGAAUCCAUCAUUCUUACCUAUAUAAUAAUAACUUACCUAUAUAUGAUAAUUCCAAUUAGUGGCACAGUGUUCCAAUAGUUGCGGUAUUUUUUAAUUCGUGCUCCUAUCAGGGAUUGAAUCCUAAAAAGAAUGAACAAGUCUCUCACUUAUCAUCUCUGUAUACAUAUACGAUAUAUAGCAUCCCACGAGACUUUUUUCGCAAGCUGUCAUGAUAGAGAACUGAUUCGGAAGGUUAUACCCCAUGAUAAAUUUCUUUUAGAAAGCUCCAAAUGCGGGGAGCACUGGCUCUGAUGAUGCAUUUCAACUUGUUCUACACAGCUGUGCAGUAACCAACACGAAAUGAGCGAAAACAAAGCGAGAAUCAUCAUUUUUCUGUGGGGGCUGCCUAUCCGAUUC